AUGAACCGUGCUAUUAGCCCUCCGCCCACAAAGCGGCGCAAGACGACCGCCUCCACCGCAGCAGCAUCAGCAUCCAAGCCCUGCGACAUCAAACCUGCACGCCCCCCAACCCUACGCAUCUUCUCCUGGAACAUCAACGGCAUCUCGCCCUUCCUCCAGCCCCCAAUCCCCUCAUUCUUCCAAGCCACGCAAGACAAAAGCAACUUGAAACAAGCACAGCCCCCCAUCCAUGCAGCCUCUCUCCGCGCAUUCCUGCACCGCCACCACUGGCCCACGCUGCUCUUCCUGCAAGAAGUCAAAAUCAGCGCUCAAGACACAAAAGCCCAAGAUGCCCGCGACCGCCCACUGUACACGGCACACUUCACGCUGCCGACAGAUACCCACAACGCGCGGGGUCCACGCGGCAGCGGAAAGGUCUACGGCGUAUGCAGCAUUGUACGUGACGGUAUUGCUGAUUUCCACGACAUCGCCGUGCGAAACGUCGACUGGGACUGCGAAGGCCGUGUUUCCGUUGUGCAGGUUACGUGUCCUCAGACACGGGCUCGCCUCGCCAUUUUCAAUAUCUACGCUGUGAACGGGACGCAGAAUGCGUAUCGUGAGGGUCAUACUGGCGCUGUGUGCGGCACACGACAUGAUCGCAAGCGCGAGUUUCAGCGCUUGCUGAUGCACGAGUGUAGGGUGCUGGAGGCACAGGGCUGGGACGUGCUGCUCGCUGGGGACAUGAAUGUUGCGCCGGAUGAGCGCGAUGGGUAUCCUAAAUUAAGGGUGUUUCCUCACGACCACGUUGUUAGCCGUGCGGACUUUCAUGAAAAGUUGCUUGAAGGUGGCGGUGAUGCAAAGGAGAGCGGUGGGCUGCAUGGCGUUGAUAUCUGGAGGAAGAUGCAUGGAGAGGAGAGGAGGUAUACGUAUUUCCCGCGCAAUAGAGAGUGGGGAUCUAGCUGCGAUAGAGUGGAUUACUUUAUUGCUGGACGCCGGUUUUGGGAUAAGGGUUGUGUCAAGGCGUGUGGCAUCAUGGACAGCGAGGCGGAACGCGGACCUAGCGACCAUGUACCUAUAUGGGCUGAUGUUGAGCUCAAAGCAGAUGCGAACUGA